AUGGACAUAAUGGGUUACCAGGCCGCGACGGCCGAGAUGGAGCUAAAGGUGAAAAGGGCGUGGCAGGUCCUCCUGGACCACGUGGUGAGAAGGGGACCAAGUGGAACAGACACCGAUCACAGAAACUGGAAACAGUGCGCGUGGAGGUACUACGACGGGCGUGACAUUGGACUGAUCAAGGUUUGUCGAUUCUGAAAUUAGUGCGAUGAACGACUACAGUCAACGUUGGGUUGGUUAGAUGAUAAUUAUAGCGGAGGUCUUGCGCGCGAAGAGCGCAAAGCAGAGCACCAUGGGUAAGAAAAUGUGGUAAUCUACCCUUCCGAGAAAAUUUGGUAAUCACGUGACCGUACGCCCGACCGUCCGUCCGCACCACAGGCAUGCCAAUGUUAAAUAAUUCAAUCAACAGGUAUGGCAACCCAAAUGCAACUCGAGGUUAUUUUGGCGGGAAAUCGCAUAGCCACCCACGUCUUUUAAAGCAUAGGCAGCUAUAGAGUCAAUAAAGACGAAACCGGAAAGUGGAAAUUGUUACUAUAUCUAUGUUUUCUAAAGUAUUAAACUUAGAUUAAUUGUCAUGUCCACAAAUUUGGAAUAUAGAGCAAGAGAAAGACAGAGAAAAAGCGGCAGGCCAGCGAAACUCAACGAGAAAAAGGGCGACAGAGAUCUAGAGCGAGAGAUAAAAAAAGAGAGAGAAAAAAAAAACAAAGGAGACAUUUUAACAUGAAAAUUUUGUAGCGGCGGUGACAAUGCUAGCGGCCAACCAUGCAGGGAGAAAAUGAGCGGCAGUGAAAAAAAAGGACGACAUUUCCCCCAUGAAAAGUAUCUGGAAGCUUCACGUUAUAGUAGUGCAAAACAACGGCAAAAAGAUGUACGAAAAAAGUGUGCUGCACGUGCAAAGUUGCUUUUUUGCUAAUUAGACCUUUUUUUUCACCGUUCUGCGGCGUUGCCUUCACGGUUUAGCAUUACACGAUUUUAUAUUUUGUUUAAACAAACUAUAAAUAUUAUCGAGAGCUUCGCUUUUAGCCCUGGCUAAAUCUAUAUAUUAAGGUUGUGCUUUUAAAUAGGAUGGAAAGUUACUGACGCAGUGCUGUGGAUCGGAAAUAAAGACGAAGACAACCACAGACCCGGGUUCAUUGAGGGCUACUGUAACAACAUACACAAGGGCAAAAUCCGAGUUGGAAUCAAUAAUGGCAAUUGUGCAGGAUAUGGGAAUUCCACUCGUCAAACAGGCUGGAAUUCAUUUUCCCGUUUGAUCAUUGAAGAAGUUCCUCUUUCCCAGUAG